AUGAGUCUCAAGGCAGAACGCGACGAGUGCGUUCCAGUAGCGAUCCGUGAACUUUCGUCAACGAGUGUGACAAUAUCUCCCGAUCUAAACCAGCAAGACAACGAGCUCGUGGCACACAGAUUCUUCGAAAAUCGUCAACGGAUGGCACAAAAUAUGGUCGUACUCAGGACCGAGGGUAAGGCUGAAAUGACACUUCGCGAACACAAGAUCCAAAACGCAAGUUCAAGGACUGUUGGCGGUGCACUGCCAACGUCGGAAUGUCAACAUAUGGACCUCGAGGAGACUUCCUUCGUCUCCAAGGCAAAAGACAAAGUCCUGCCCAAGCUGUUUACCCUAUCUUCAGCCCGCGUCCAGACUACUUAA